GAUCUUUAAUCAAUGGAGGCUGAAGGAAGCUCAAUACCUACCACCCCAAUAACAGAUGUGUCACUAGAUGAGACACCCAAUUCAUCACCUAAUCCGCUUGUUGAUGGAGGUGAUUUACCUGUUGAUGACGUACCUGUAGAGGUUAAUGUUGAGGGUGAAGAGACAGUAGACACUGAUGUAACUGAUGCAGCAAAACUAAAGAGUCUAAAAUCAAAGAUUUGGCAACACUAUGAGAGAGAGACUAUCGGUGAAAAGCUCAAAGCAAGGUGCAAGUAUUGCCGGUCACUCUUGUUGGGUGAUCCCAAGCAAGGUACUAGUCACUUGCGUAAACAUUACCAAAGGUGCAACAAACGGAAGACCAAAGAUAUAAGACAACAACUUUUGCAAGUAAGCAACAAGAACAAGUUUGAACUUUCACCGUUCAGUUUUGAUCGAGAACUUUCUCGUAUGGAGCUUGCGAGGAUGAUCAUUCUGCACGGCUACCCUCUAAAGAUGGUGGAGCAUAUUGGGUUCAGGAAUUUUGUGAACAGCUUAAACCCUUGCUUUAAAAUGGUAAGCAGGAAUACUAUUAAGAAGGACUGCUUCAAGAUAUAUGAGAUUGAAAAGAAGGCCAUGAUGGACAUCAUUGAAAAGAAUGAUGGGAGGGUUGCUGUGACAACAGAUAUGUGGACGUCAGAUUUUCAGCAAAAGGGCUUCAUGGUUGUUACUGCACACUACAUUGACAAUACUUGGAGGUUGCAAAGUCGGGUCAUCAGGUUCAUGUAUGUGCCAAGUCCACAUACAGGUGAAGCUCUUUCUGAAGCUUUAUAUGGUUGUUUGCUGGAUUGGAAUAUAGACAACAAAUUAUCCACUAUAACGGUGGAUAAUUGUUCCACAAAUGAUGUCCUGGUUGACUUGAUCAAAGGAAAGAUUCCUUCAUAUUCUAUGUUGCUUGGUGGAAACUUACUCCACAUGCGUUGUUGUGCGCAUAUUUUGAACCUCAUUGUGAAAGAUGGCUUGGAUCUUAUUCAUGGUGCAGUGGAGAAAGUGAGAGACAGUGUUUCUUAUUGGAAGGGGACUCCAAAGAGAUGGGAGAAGUUUGAGGACACUGCUCGUCAACUUCGCAUUCCGUUAGGUAAAAAGCUCACCCUCGAUUGUAAGACACGUUGGAACUCUACUUACACAAUGUUGGAUGUCGCUUUGGAAUACAAAGAUGUGUUUUCCCGCUUAAAGAAUCGUGAUCAAAAGUAUAAGUCGCUGCCUAGUGAAAAUGAGUGGAGCUUGUGCAAAGAAAUUUGCAGUAGGUUGAAAUUGUUUUACAAUGCAACUGGUCUUUUCUCAGGAACUUUAUACCCCACUGCAAAUAUGUUUUUCCCAACUGUUUGUGAGAUCAAACUAGCUUUAAGCCAGUGGACUGUUUGUGGUAUACCAACUGUGCAACUUAUGGCUUCUAAAAUGAUUUUGAAAUUUGACAAAUAUUGGUCUGAUGUGAAUGGGAUCAUGGGUGUUGCUGCUAUUCUUGAUCCUAGGUAUAAGCUGUUAAUGUUAGAGUACUAUUUUGGGAAAAUAUACUCUAUCACUUUUGAGUUUGAGGUUGAAAAAAUUGUUGAUUUUUGUCGGGAGUUGGUUAAGCAAUAUGAAGAGCAAGAAAAGGCACACAAAACUGAUAAGGUGGGCUGUCAAACAGAGAGUGCUGUAGGUGAAAGUAUUUGUUUGAGUGACUUUGACUUGUAUGCAUCUCAAAGAAAAAGAGCUAGUACACGGUCAGAACUGGACCAGUACUUAGAGGAUGAUAUCCUACCCCGCUCGACUGAUUUUGAUGUGUUAAGCUGGUUGAAGUCGAACAAGAGUAAGUAUCCUAUUCUAAGUCAAAUUGCAAGAGAUAUUUUGGCCAUCCCUCUUUCUACCGUUGCUUCAGAGUCCGCAUUUAGCACCAGUGGACAGUUGAUCGGUCCUCAUCGUAGUCGACUCAAAGAAGAAACCAUUGAGGCCUUGAUGUGCGCACAAAGUUGGAUUCUUGCUGACUUAAAAGAAAAAGGAGGUGGAUCACUUUCAUCGGUGUUUUAUGAUUCAGACUGUGACAUCGAUGAAGGACAUGUUAGUCAGGUAUCUUUAAACUGUUAUUAACUGUUGAAUUAAUAUCAUAACAUGAAUUAUUUAUAUCAUGAAGCAGUUAUUGGUCUAAAGUUUUAUUUAUAUUUUACUGUAGGGUUAAUGAAGAUGGAGAUCUGAAAUUCAAGUAUGAAAUGAAGUUAUGAAGGACUUUGCUGGACUGAAGUUUGAGCUGAAAAAAUCAAAUAUUAAUGCUUUCUGGAAGCAAUUGUUUUGCUAUUGUCAUUUCUGGUGUUUUUUUAUUAACAAACUUCCUCUACUUUUAUUGUCUUUUGAGGCUUUUGUUUUUGAAGCUACGACUCUUUUAAACUGAUGUUUGGUGAUUUUGAU